AUAGAGGGCGCUGCUGCACACAAGAACAGCUCAACGCUGAACUUUCAUCGGUCACGACAACAAAGUAUAACUUUCCUCCAUGGAGACAACAAAUCUGCUGUAACUUACUGUGAGGAUAAACCAAUGGAAGCAACAAGUAACAACAACGAGGAGCCGAAAUUAACUCCAGACCCAGGAGGACAGAAGCAUGAUCAGUCACCAGCAGAGAAAGUGUUUGGUCGGCAGCUGAGUGAACCGGGGCGCUUUGCAUACGCUGGGUUAUGUGGAGUGUCUUUGGGCCAGCUGUUUCAAGGACCUGAGCAAAAAUGUUUUCGUGAGAUGUAUCUGGAGGGGCUUGUUCAGUGGCUGGCUCUUGAUGAGUCGGUCAUGCCGGUCAUGCAAGCGUUCCUGGCAGGGCUCGGGUUCGAAGGCACUGACACCUUCCUGUCCAUCUUGCACGCAGAGCCGCUGCUCGGAGCCGGAGCUUUACCCAUCACUCAGGAUCUAGUCUCUUUCUCUGUCAAAGAUGGACAUUAUGAUGCCAGGGCUCGAGUUCUGAUCCGACAUGUCAGCUGUCUGCUGCGUGUGACCCAACAGCAGCUGGAGGAUUUUGAAGAGACUCUCGGAGAGAAAUUGAGAGAGGCAGUAGAGGAGAGCGAAGAAGAGUCAUCGAGAAGACAAAAGAAAGAGAGAGGUCGUAAAUUACGCCGGUACCUGCUCAUCGGACUUGCCACUGUGGGUGGAGGGACGGUGAUUGGUGUUACAGGAGGCCUGGCAGCUCCUCUGGUGGCUGCUGGGGCAGGAGCGGUGCUGGGGGCGGGUGGAGCCGCUGUGCUGGGAUCAGCCACGGGCAUCGCCAUCAUGGCCUCCAUGUUUGGAGCCGCAGGGGCCGGGUUAACAGGCUAUAAAAUGAACAAGCGUGUCGGCGCUAUAAAGGAGUUUGAGUUUCUUCCGAUGAGUUCUGGAAAGCAUCUUCAUCUCACUAUAGCCGUGACCGGCUGGCUGUGCAGCGGCAAAUACAGUUCGUUUCAGGCUCCCUGGUCCAGUCUUGGAGCGUGUGGCGAACAGUACUGUCUGAAAUGGGAGUCGCGUUAUUUAUUGGAACUGGGCUCUAUUCUGGAUUCAUUGUGGGAUGGGCUUGUUAGUGUCGUGGCUCAGGAGGCUCUCAAAUACACAGUGCUCUCAGGCAUAGUCACGGCUCUGACAUGGCCUGCCUCUCUGCUGGCUGUGGCCAGUGUGAUCGACAACCCCUGGGGAGUGUGCCUGAGUCGCUCUGCAGAGGUGGGAAAACACCUGGCCCAGGUGCUCCGGAGCCGACAGCAGGGAAAGCGGCCUGUCAAUCUAAUUGGAUUUAGCCUUGGAGCUCGUGUCAUCUACUUUUGCCUAGAAGAGCUCGCUAAUGAUCAAGGAAGUGAAGGUGUGGUGGAGGACGUGGUGCUGCUGGGGGCUCCCGUGGACGGAUCCGAGAAAACAUGGCAGCGACUGUCCAAGGUUGUGGCUGGGAAGAUUGUUAAUGGAUAUUGCAGAGGGGAUUGGCUUCUUGGAUUCCUGUAUAGAAGUUCAUCAGUCCAGCUUUCUGUUGCUGGGCUCCAGCCAAUCAAUUCGCAAGAUCGCAAAAUAAUCAAUGUGGAUCUGUCAUCAGUGGUUAAAGGACACCUGGACUAUAUGCGUCAGAUGGACACCAUCCUAGUAGCAGUAGGGGUUCCUACCAGGGAAGAAGCUGGAGCCAUGGGUGGCAAACUACCGCUGGUACAUUUAUCUCCGGAAAAACCAGGCACUCCAGAAUCAGAUGGUCAGAGCAGAGUCAAAGGGGAAGCAUCUAUGGACAUUUCAAACAAUGAUACCUCAGACACCACAGAGGCAAAUGUAGAUAAAUACAAGACACAGACUGUAGACAGGGAACGGUGCGAGAGGAAGGACUCUGAGAAUGGCUGGGAUAUCCCUGAUAUAUCUGAUUUACUGGACUCCAUCAAUGAAUCUGAUGGCGUCACUGAUCCCUGUCAAGGGAACACACAUUCGAUAUGCACUCUUGGAGGCAAGGAUCAUGUUGAACCAUCUCAGGAUCAAGGCAAAAUAGACCGAGAAGAUGAAAGUGAGACAGACUGUGAGCACACGUCCUGGGACUGGGACGACACAAAGUGGACUACUGAAUGCACAAACACAACCUACCAGUCGCACACUGAAACACAGGAGCAGUUAGUCAAUGGCAAACCUGCUGGUUCUGAGCCAAGAGCAAUGAAGUCAUGAAAUUUCCUUGAUUCACAAAUCAUAAAAUGUUGAGUCGGGUCUAGAUGGUAAAUCUCGUUCCAAGAAACUCCUGAGAUUCGCAUUUGCUGCUACCAAGAUUAAGGAUUAAGCGUAGGUUGCUGUGGGACUCAAAUAAAGACAGUGUUUGAAUUUCACGUGUGAAUCUUACAAGACUUUUAGAAGAAGAGUUCCCAUCUAGACCCCACCCAGAGUGUAAGUUAUCAGUAUAAGCUAGAACCAACUGGAACAUUGACUUUUUGUCAUCCUGGAAUUGUCUGAUAAUAUCUAUGUUAUUUGUGUAUACCAUUUCUAAUUAAUAGCGAUUUUUUUUUUUAAGCACAAACACACCUUAUCUGUUGCAAACUGAAGCACAAUAGCAGUUAGUCAAUGGCAAACCUGCUUGUUCUGAGCCAAGAGCAAUGAAAUCCUCACAUUUCCUUGAUUCACCAAAUGAGGUUUGGGUCUAGAUGGUAAACCUCAUUCCAAGAAACUCCUGAGAUUUGCAUUUGCUGCCACCAAGAUUAAGGGUUGGGCGUAAAGGUUACCGUGGGACUCAAAUAAACACAGUGUUUAAAUGUCACAUGUAAAUCUCACAAGACUUUUAUGCUGGGUGCACACCAAUAGAUCUUAUAAGUUUUUCAAAAUAUGAUAAGACCACAAAAAUGAGGAUCAAAUUUCCUAGAUGUAACCAUUUGCGGUAUAUUGCAGUAUAUUGGAGAAUAUCAUGUAAUAUAUUAGGCAUAUAUUCUUUUAUAUAUUUAUUUUUUCCAAUAUAUUGCAAUAUAUUGAAAGCGGCAAUCAUUUGUAUAUUUUGCAAUAUAUUAUAUAAUAUAGGUGUCAUCAAUAUAUUAUUAAAUGUAUUCAAAUAUAUAUAAUAUUAGAAAUAAAAAGGGAAAAUAAUAUAUCACAAUAUAUUUUAAGAAAUAUAUUGGUAAAUAUAUUUUCCUUUCGUAAGGAUGUACAAGCUUCCAUGUUCCAUCAUCUCGCUUUCUGAUUGGAUAUUGUUUCGUUUCACGUGAUAAUCUCCAGAGCGUGCGCGCAUUUGUCCUUGAGGUUCCCCUCACACAUCAGGAUUUCUGAUCCUAAAUAUUAAACAUGUUGAAUAUUUACGAUUCGCGAUCGGGGCGGCUCCGACAUUCUUCCGAUCAGGUUCGGAGACUCUUAACACACCUCACACCAAGGAAAAAUCUGAUAAAAUAAUCUGUAGUACCAUCAAGAUAAUCAGGACAUAGAUUGUCGGAAGUGGGGAAAUCGGCCCAGAAUCAGCCCGAUUAUCUUUUUGAUGUGUACCCAGCAUUAAAAAUAUAACCAACAGGAACCUUGGCUUGUUGUCAUUCUGGAAUUGAUAAUGUUAUUUAUGGAUAUCAUCUCUAAUUAAUAUAGAUUUUUUUUUUAAGCACUGUAAAUAUAAUUUGUGAUAAACUGCCAGUAUUCUGUAUACACCAUUUGCCCCCUUCAUUAGAAGUGGUUUGUUGUUUAAUUAAGAUGUGAAUUACAGCUCCACAGACAACCCA